AACAAAUAAAUAAUUCUUUGAGGUAAUGCUAUUCAUUCAAGAAACUCAGACAGAAAAGUCUAUCGUGAAACAUGUUGCUGUCUAGAGUAGUGUUUCUUCUUUUUCUAUUAACCACUGGUCGGCAUUGUGAAGAACCUCGCUGUUCUAAAUAUGAUUUUGAGGAAAAGGUGCUAGAAAAAAUGGUACGCAUAGAAUUUCAAAUGGAGAGACUGAAACUUGAGGUUGAGCAAUGUGUUAACAGAGUUGAAAAUAUCAAGACGGAAGUUAGCCAUCAAAUGAUAGCAAAUCAACAAGAACUUCAAGAUACUGUAACACCUACUGUUGCAUUUAAAGCAAGAUUAAAUGCCGAUACUGCAGUGGUGGGAAGUCAGACGGUAGUGUUUCCAGUAUUCAUCUUCAAGGAGGGAGAUGCAUAUAACACAAAUACCGGACAAUUUACAGCACCCGUCAGUGGGGUGUACAUGUUCAGUUCAGCUUUCUGUGUUUAUCCAAAGAAGCAUUUAGAUGUAAGUAUAAUGAUUGAAGGAAAAAGUUAUUCAAAGUCGGUGUUCUAUGGUGAUGAUGUCUCAGGAUGUUCAUAUUCUGCUGAUACAGUUGCGAUAGUGACUGCCGGACAGAAGGUAUGGGUCGAGGUUAUACCAGGUGGUAGUACUGGCACCAUUAUACGUCAAGAUGAUACAUUUAGAUGGAAUACAUUCUCCGGGGCAUUAAUAAACAGGAAGAUUUAAUUCUGUGUCAACUUUGUUUCACCUAGUUGUAUAGUAAGCAGCCGAAUGUUAUGAGAAAACUACGGGCGUGUCCAUGCAUCUUUAAUAUAAUUGUUGGAAUACUAGUGCACAUAUUAUACGGACUUUAUUGCUAUUCAUGCAAAACAUAUUUGCAAUAAUUAAUAAUAAAACUUAGCGAUGUUAAUCAUUAACUUUACAAGAUAUUUGUUCUGCUAUUUAAAAUAAUUAAAAUGUCUGUGGUUAUUUUGUUUAUGUGAGGAAUUGAUUGUACUAUUGUCUGAAUGGCCGAUUGGUUAGUUAUCACCUGAACACCAUUGAAUAUACAUUAUUUUGAUUCUAGCUACGAAAGCAUAUGUUUACAUGUUAAAGUAUUCCAAAAAGUCAAGUCUAUACUGAGUUAUACCCACGUGACUAGAGAGAAUAAGAGAGCAUAUGAUAUUACACAACAGAUAUCUUGCUGGCAUACGGAAGGUUUGUGGUUCUAGUGAGGUACCCACGUAUGCCUGAAAUAAUUCAUGGUAUUCCUCCAUUAGUAAAGCUUGGAGGUCGCCAUAUGAGCUCAAGUGUGUCAAUAUGCCUUAAAAUACCGUUCAUAAUAAUACUUAUGUUGGUAUAUAU